CUGUGUUAUUUUGCAGAAAUGGGAAAAUGAGAUUGUUUCAUCAGAAAAAAACAAGGAUAAGGACAACCUUAUAACAGAAAGUAUUGAUGAAAAGAUCAUUGCACUGUAUGGAGCUGAUGCAGGGAAGAAAACUUUGAAAGAGCUGAAGAAAGAGGACAAAUAUAUUGAAAUUAACAAUGUUUUGUCUACUGGGAAGAUGACAAUCUCGAACCAGAAUCUGUCUGAUAUUACCUGUGCAGUUGCUCAAUACAUAAAAAACGAUGAGUCAAAUCCUGGUGGCUGGUACUGGCCGCUUGUGAAGAGUGUAACAAUCAAGAUUCCUAACUGUCGUGAACUCCUGGAGCACAUUGUCCUGGUUGAUAUCCUGGUACUGGAGACUGCAACAAGAUCAGAGAUGACCUCUGGAGAUCUAAACUAAAGCACUGUUCAUCUGUGUGGAUUGUAAGUGACAUCAACCGAGCAGUCUCAGACAAAGACCCCUGGGAAUUAUUGGAGCACUGCAUUCAAGACUUGGGAGGACGAGGAGAAUGCAAACACAUCAACUUCAUCUGCACCAAGACCGAUCACAUUGAUCCAAGAGGAUAUCUUGCAAAUGAACAGCUUGAUGAACAAAUGACUGGACCAAAGGAUCUGAAAACAAAAUGCAUACAUCAUAGAAACAGCCGUGCAAAGGAAGCAGUGAAAAGAAAAUUAAAAAAUGCUGGAAGCAGGGAUUCAAAAGAGAGAUUCGUCACUGAUGUUUUUACUGUAAGUUCUGAAGCAUUCCUGGAUCCAGAAAAUCCAGUUCUGGAAGCUACAGAAACCGAGAUUCCAAAACUGAGGGAUGUUCUGAAGAAUCUUAAUAAGAACAUCGACAGAAAACUGACCAGAGAUUAUGUCAAUGAAGCAAAAGGGGUUUUGUCUUUGAUCCAAGGUGUCCAACUGGAUGCAGAUGAAAAUAUGACAAAAGCCAAAGUCCGCAGGGAUCUGGAGAUAAACCUACAUAGGGCACUGAAAGAGUUGAAAUGUCAGUUUGACUCGUGCUAUAAGACUCUGGAAGAAUGUCUCUCAGCUGGAGUAGAAGAAUCAGUGAGCUCAUGUGUUAAGACCACACAAGACAUGAUCAAAUCUGUUCGACCAAAAGAUAACAGAGGUUUUCAUAAAAUGUAUCGAGCGAUGUGUGAGAGAAAAGGACAUUACUGGCCAAAAGCCUGGGACGCACCUUUAGAGUUAAACACGUGUUUGAGGAAGCACAUGUAUGACAACCUCGAUGAGGAGUUUGAAUUAAUAUUUCCUGUUGAUGAUAAUGUCAAGACAGGGAAAUCACUGCAAGAACAUCUUGAUAAGUUCAGCGUCAUCCAGAGUAACUCAGAUAAAAGAUCAUUAUGGCAAGAACACACUGAGAACUUCAUCAAAACACAG